AUUGUAAUUAUCAUAAUCAAAACUGAGUAAACAACAAACACUAAACCCAAACAAAGAAGUCUUAGAAAGAAGAAAGCUUUCACUUUCACCAGCACUAGUCCCUGUUCUGCCACAGUCUCUUCGCUGCAGAGAGUAAGGGCAUAAAAUUUGUUCCUUCGAAUCUCGGGUUCAGAAGCAAAAUCUCUUUUCUACCUCUUGUCGAAACUGUGGCGUUGUUGAGUCUGAUGAAUCGACUUCAAAGGCUUCUCCUUUCUGCUCCUCGCUUAUCUCCUCCGAUCAUACUUCCUUCGUGGCGGUAUUAGGGUUCUGUUUUGCUCCUCUGAUACUCUAAAGGUUUGGUAGUCAGAGACUGAUAUGGCUAUGACACGAGAGUUAUAUCGGAUUCUGGGUACCAAGUAUGCUCCAUUGUUAAUCCGAAGAUUCUCACUUUGGUCAACGAAGAAAGACCCUGAUCUCGAAUCUGCUCUCUCGCGUAACAAGCGAUGGAUUGUUAACAGUCGGCUCAAGAACAUUAUCUUAAGGUGUCCCAAUCAGGUUGCAUCGAUUAAGUUUCUACAGAAGAAGUUUAAGACUCUUGAUCUUCAGGGGAAAGCCUUGAAUUGGCUUAAGAAAUACCCUUGUUGUUUCCAUGUUUAUCUCGAGAACGAUGAGUAUUACUGUAGGUUAACGAAACCGAUGAUGACGCUUGUGGAAGAGGAAGAGUUGGUCAAAGAUACACAAGAGCCUGUACUCGCAGAUAGGCUUGCAAAGCUGCUUAUGUUGAGUGUUAAUCAGCGUCUCAAUGUCGUGAAGCUUAACGAGUUUAAGCGGAGCUUUGGAUUCCCUGAUGAUUAUGUUAUCAGAAUAGUUCCAAAGUACUCAGAUGUGUUUCGGUUAGUGAAUUAUAGUGGUAGGAAGAGUUCAAUGGAGAUUGAGCUUUUGUUGUGGAAGCCUGAGUUGGCUGUCUCUGCAGUUGAAGCAGCAGCAAAGAAAUGUGGCUCUGAGCCUAGUUUCUCUUGCUCUCUACCUUCCACGUGGACCAAACCGUGGGAGAGGUUCAUGGAGUUUAAUGCCUUUCCUUACAUAUCUCCGUAUGAGGAUCAUGGGGAUCUUGUUGAGGGUUCAAAGGAGAGUGAGAAGAGAAGUGUUGGUUUGGUGCACGAGUUACUCUCGUUGACGUUGUGGAAAAAGCUGUCAAUCGUAAAGCUGAGUCAUUUCAAGAGGGAAUUUGGGUUACCGGAGAAGCUAAAUGGUAUGCUUCUGAAGCAUCCAGGCAUAUUCUACGUUGGAAACAAGUAUCAGGUUCACACUGUGAUCCUCAGAGAAGGAUACAAUGGCUCGGAAUUGAUUCACAAGGACCCGCUCGUUGUUGUGAAGGAUAAAUUUGGGGAAUUGAUGCAGCAGGGCUUGUAUGAGUAUAAUCACAGGCGAUAUUUGGCUAAUCUAGAGAAGAAGAGAGAGAAAGGUAUUGAAUCUUUGAAGCCUGUGGUGCGAAAGAAAGACAGGAACCACGAUCGAGAUGAUGUCGAUGAAGAAGAAAACCAUGGGGAUCGACCAGGUGGUCUGUUUGAUCCAGAAGAGAGAAAAAGGUUUUAUCAGAUUCUCUUCAGUGACACCCAAUAAGAACAUUCUGGUAAAGUUGGACGUUCUCUUCAGAUUCUCUUCAGUGACACCCAAUGGAGAAAAAUUUACCUAUAUAGUCUGCAAUCUCUAAGACGUUGUGCUUUUUCUGAAAGCUACGAAGAUCACAAUAUGCUUGUAAACAAAUGCAAAAUACGAGUUGUUCCCCGCAGAUGCUAGAUCAAGAUAGAAUCUGUGAAUUAAGGCAGCUGGAAUACUUUCACUUAGUUCAGUUUGGGCGGGAAUCAAGAGUUAAGAGUUCUCUGAAACAAUGCUAUAUACUUCAUGAACGUGGUCCAGAAAUUGAGUGAAAACAUUUGCACGUACUUGGAAUUUUCCCGAUAUGUGUUCUUGGUUUCACAUUUGGUCUGUGUAUAAAGUCACCUUGCAGCUUCCUAAAGGACAUACCAGUGGUCAAAUUUUCUAACCCCUGAAGACCGUACGUACGUGCUUCAGUUGAUGUAAGCCAUGUUUUGAUUACACAGAUAUUAAGCGGAGCUUUUGAUUCCCCGAUGAUUAUGUCAGAUGAUACUAGUGUCAGCUUCAUUCUGGAUUGUAUAUAUCAUCACAGAUGAAAAGAUUCAUUUCAAGUUUGUUGAUAUAUAGCAUUCAUUUCUGUGGUUGUUGUCCGGAGAACUCAUUCGACACAAAGCUGAAAAUGUUAUUAUGUUAAUAUACAAGAUACCAACUCGUAUAAUGAAUCAAAUGAUAGAGCAUUCAAGAUAUUACAAAGAUCCAGAGACAAGGGCAUAGCUCAAAACUUAAUAACACCUGCCCUUACACAAACCAGGAAAACAUGGCCUUUAUUAUGCAGUUUACCAAGUGUGACAAUUACGAAAUUGGAAAAAGGUGAAAAGGCUAGUCGAAACAAAAUCUGAUAUACAAAUUAAGUAAGCUGACUACUGAUCCAGAUUUUAUUAAAACUGAUUGCCAAGUU